CCAUGCCUUCAUGUAAUUAAAUUACGGCAACUUACAUUCUUAUCGAAAAGUGGUGAUCCAAACACGAUAUACAACAGCACAAUAACCUGGCAAAUGUGUUCGUUCAGUCAUUUUCUAUUUUUGUCAAAAUGCGCCGUUUUACCAUUUAACGUUAGCCAGAUACUUGUUUCCUUUUGUCAAACCUAUGUCUAGCAGCAAGCUGCAAGCUAACUACAGCAGCUGAAGUUUCAGUGCAAACUUGUAACCGUGCUUACUGCACUACAAUUUUUAAGUACGUUUGCAUUUACAUCGAGUAACUUGUAGCUAUCGUUUAAAACAGCAUUGCACUUACGGGGGAUUUCAUGCUAAUUUAGGUAGCGGUCGACACGCUUGCGGCUGUCAGUGACAGCAUAUACAGAUGGCUAGCUGGCUAAAAAGAAUCGCUAGGCCUACAUUGAGUUUGGAGCUGGUGCUAAGUCGACUGGCGCGGUAUUCUGGAAUGCUGUGAUGUACAAGGUACACUAGUGCCUCUGGUUUGAGUUAACAUUGGCACAUUUAUUGGUUACGUUUAGCAUGAAAUGUUUUAACGAGGUUAUACCAGCUAUACCGGGCGGCUGUACUUUUAAAAUCUGAACUACGUUGCUUUGCAAAUUGGAUACACUGUCAGACACGUUAGGUUAGAUUACCAGCGUUUUUUCCUGGCUCAAAAUCAGGCACAUGUGCUCAACCAAAAUCGUGCAGGAGGAAUCAAAUUCACCACGCCCUUAUUUAUUAUUUGUAUUUUUGUAAUAAAGUUUUGAAUUCCCACAUGGGGAAUUGCAUUGUUUUCUUAGUUUAGCAAUGCUUGUUCCAAGUACGUAAUUUAACAAUGUACCAUUCCUGUUUUAUAGUACUGCAGCACCAUAACAUAUUUAUAUAUGUGUAAUAAGAAUUAAUAGCACAAGUUGUGCCAGUUUGCUCCUCCACCUGAAACAAGAGUGUGUAAAUAAUUCAGAAUAUUUUUAAAAAAUUGUUCAUUAUAAAAGUAACAUAAAUAAAACAUUAAUUCUUUAUAUUGAUGAAGUUUGGGGGAAAAAAUCUGAUAACAUUGAUUUUCAUUGGCUGUAGCAGUAGUAGACUUCAAGUGGAACACUGCUCAGAAUAUUUAAAUUUCAAAUGUAAUGUGAGGCGACAGGUGUAGUCAGAAUUCUAAUUUCUGAAACAGCGAGGCAAGAACUGGCUUUCAGUUUUGUAGAAAAAUUUCGCAAAUACAAACAGGUGUUGUGAAAAACUACCGCAACCUACCGCUCAGGAUGAGAACAUCAACAGCCUAAAACCGGAAGUGUGCUCGUGCCUUAUUGUAGAUAGCAUCAAGGAGCUGUACAGCUGCACAGUAGCGUUUUUCUGCGUCCUCACCGAGGUGCGUUGGUGCUGAUUAGUCUACGCUACAGCGCUCCUCUCGAGACAAACCCAGGAUUACAUCCAUGCAAGACAAGUUUCCUCAGUUUCUCUGGCACUGAAGUGCUGUCCGAGCGUUUGUGCAUGCUUAACGGCACACUCGCAAUGGCAAUGGAGCUGGACAUGAUGGAGGUGAAGCAGGUGGUGGUAGGGGCGGGGAUUGAGACCCCCAUGGACCUGGCCUCCGACAGCACCGAAGAUUCCCAUAAGGCUUUCGUCGAGGAGGAAGCCACUGCACCAUCGCUUAUACAGACCUACCAGCAUGACAGCCUGCAGUGUUUCCAGUGCUUCAUCACCUUCUGCAACUCCAAAGCCAAGGAGAGGCACAUGAGGAAGAGCCACCGCGAGGAGUACAAGCAGCAGCUGCAGCAGCAGAGCGACACGCUCUUCACCUGCUACGUUUGCGACCGCACCUUCCUCUCCUCGGUGGAGCUGACCGAGCACCAGGGCGCCCACAGCAAGGAGGACAAGCCCUUCAAGUGCCCGCACUGCCAGGAGAGCUUCCGCACGUUCUCGGAGGUGACCUCUCACCGACGGCACGUCUGCCCGGAGAAGCCGUUCGCGUGCCGGGACUGCGGGAAGUCCUUCCGGGGCCCCCACCUGCUGCGCACGCACCGCGUCGCCUGCCACCCCGAGCGGGGCCAAAACCACGCCGCCGACGACGAAGGCAAGACCCACCGCUGCGGCAAGUGCGGCCGCGGGUUCGAGGAGGAGGCGGAGCUCCUGCAGCACCAGGAGAACCACGCCGGGGACCUGCACUGCAACGGCGGGGCCGCGCCCAAGAGACGGGGGCGCCCGCCCAGGGAGGCGGAGCCUGCGGAGGGGGGUGGGGAGGGCGAGAGCCUGGGGGGCGGCGGCGGCGGCGGCCAGGCGGAGGGGGGCGCCGGGGGGGCGGCGAAGGGCCGGAGGGGGCGCCCUCCCAAAUCGGCCCAGAUGGCCCCACUCCUGCAGGACCAGGCGGAGGCGGAGGCGGAGCCCGCGCCCCAGCCCCGCCCCCACGCCUGCCCCGAGUGCGAGGCCGGCUUCCCCGCUGCGUCCCAGCUCCGAGCCCACAGGAGGGAGGAGCACGGGCGGAGGCCCCACCCCUGUCCCGACUGCGAGGAGAGCUUCUCCAGGCCGGGGCAGCUGGAGGCCCACGCCGCCCGCGCCCACGGCGCCGGCCGCCACGCCUGUCCCGCCUGCGGGAAGAGCUUCGGCCGGGAGAACAGUCUGAGGGCGCACCAGCACACCCACGCCAGCCCCCCGGAGCCCGCCCACGAGGCCUGCAGAUAAUUCGGAGAGAGGGGGGUAAAGACCAUCAAGGAUGGGCCUUUGAAUUAACCAAGGGGGCUGGCUUAUGAACGAGCACCGGUUUCUAAAACGAAAGAAAAAUCGGGCUAGAAUUAAAAAAAAAAAAUUAAAAAAAAUAAUAAUAAUAAUAAAAUAGAUAUAUAUAUAUAUAUCUAUCUGUAUUUGAAUACAAAUGAGGCAGCUGGGAUUUUUAAGUGUUUGAGUUGUUGCUUUUAGAAUGUGAAAAUAAGGCUGAUCUGUGGCUAUUGGGGGAGGUUUUAUGUGUCAGAAUUUAACCUGAACGAGAUGCUGUGGCUGGUUGCGAAGAAUUGAUCUAUUGAAAGCGACGUUUUUAUGACGCUGGGAUUUUCUGAAGUGGAAUUGGGGGUUUUUGAUCUUUCAUCUUCAGUCUCGGUAUUUCACUGCCCACGGAUGGGUUUUCAUACGGUAAUACGUUUAUAUGUAUGUCCUGGGAGUUAUUAAAAAUGCAACAAAUGAUUUUUGGCUCUGAGGAGAGCAGAAUGCACCUAAUUUAUUUCUUCAGUGGGGAAAGUGGGCUGCUCUCAUUCCGGGACACUUUCGACGCCUCCGUGAUCGAGCCUUUAUUAAAAUUCGGAGGCACUUUAAAUCCUGUUUGUUCUCCAUUCGUUGUAAAUUAGCGCCUGUGCCCCAACUUGGUGUCAACAUUACUAGAAUGUUUUCUCUCAAACCAAAUUUGACUCAGGGAGAGUUUCUGCGUGCAGCGGACGUGCGCGGUGCCCUCUACCUUGUGUUAGCGGUGGGCUUUUGCGCGAGCUGAAAAUGGGGGCAUUUCCUGUCUUUUUUUAAAUUUUAGGCGCAGUCACAGGUGCGAAGACCUGUGGAAAUCACCAUGGUAACAUCCACAUUUGCAGGUGCGCACACCAUUCUUCCAUAUGGCGUGAUAAAAAAAAAAACCUGGAAGCGAGUGUGUUCUGUUUUUUAAAUUUGACUGAUAAUUAGGAAAUGGAUUCCGUAAAUUUUUACAAAUUUAUAUUCCUGUGAAAAAAAAAAAACUAAA